AUUAAAGUGUGAUGUUUAGGGGGAAAAGUUUAAAUUUUAAAUAUGUCCAUCGUGAAAACAAACAUGAACUCACUUGUGGGAGUGUCAGCUCUCAUCUUAGCUGCAUGUACAGUGGUGUCCUCUCUGUCUGUCAAAGCGAGAGUCGGUAAAUUCUUCAUUUACCCCAUUCAUCGUGAGGACUACUUCCCGGGCAGUCUUCUGCUGCCCUCCUCACCUGUGGAGUUUCAGCCAUUUGUGAAGGGUGAGGUGAUGCUGCCCCACUGGAUGACAUUUCUGCAGGCUGAUGACACGAGUGAUGCGUACCUGUAUGGCUUACCUGAGGCUAAGGCUAAUGACAAAGUUAACCUACAGGUGGUUGGAUUGAACAUGGACUCAUAUCAAGCAAAAAAAGAAAAUGUUAUUAUUGAGCUGUAUGAAAAGCAAGUAUCGUUAACGUAUUAUAUUGAUUUGCCUUUGGUGAAUAUGACUCUAGAACAGCUGCUUGAAGGCGACACACUUUCAACUUUGACACAUAUUGUUCAGCGCCUAUGGACUCGUGGGGAAGUGAUGCCUACAAGAGUAGUCCCCCCUGAGCCACCCUCCAAUUCAGUUCUGACUGUUCGCUUUUCUGGAACCAAACAUUUCUCAACGAACUUGCGAAUGUUGGCUACCCAUCCCAGCUCCGAGGAAUGUCAGAGGUCAGAACGACCAAAGGUCAAAGUGGAGAGGGAUUUUUCCCCACGUUUUAUGGUGGACUGGUGCAGAGUUGUUAUGAUGGAGGGAGUAAAAACCCCUGACAGAGAAAUCACAGGUGUGCCUGCAGGUGACAGUUCACCGUUUGCUUGGAGUUUGGUGGAUGACUAUGAUCCUCCGUCGGCUGUGCAUGGCCGAGUCCACAGCUUGUUCCAGGACUUCCUGGCAUGUGUUCUCAUCCCUGUCGGUGUGCUCAUAUUACUGGUCCUUGUCCUGGCCUGUGUCAUGUGCUGUGGACGUACAGGGUGGGAGAAGAGAGUGAAGAUGACCCCAGAACCUCAGCUAGUGCGUUACAACUCUAUUCGCCGAGCAUCCAUCUCCCUACGCCAGCUGUCAGAGAACCGUGAGUUGGCUCUGUCAUCAGCUUCCCGCAGCACAUCGAUGAAUGUGGGUCCGACCGCAGGGGGCUUGAGUGAUGGAGAGCCCGAGAACACCCCGCGCUCUGCUCCAGGAACAUUGCAGAGAAAGCGAGAAGGCAGCCCGAAUGCUCCACCCCCUUACAGACCACCUCUGGGGUAUGGAACUUACCCAAAACGUCAAGAGGCAUCUUAGACAGAGGGUGGGGUGAGUACGGCGCCGUGAUGACCGACCUCUUGUCUUCACGGGGGAGAACACGGGUCAGUGGGAAGGCUGCUGAAUUACCCAUCCAUAGACAGCCGUGUUAAUGAAGUCCUGUCCCCAUCUCCCAUCGACAGCCUUAUACCUAGACGAGUGUUUGUCAAUAGUCUCUUGUGUCUUCUAUGUGUUUAGAUUUUUGUAGAAUUGUGAGAAUUGUAGUAACAUUGUUAGGUAUAGAUACACAAAUAAAACAAUGGCAAAAGCGCCAAGGCUACCACAAUUAAUGCCAAAGCAUAUUGAAAUAUCUCAUUUUUGUUUACGGUCAAUUGAUUGUUAAUGUAGCCAAACAAAUGAAGGUCUGCAGUCAUUGUCGAAAUUCUGCGCGGAGUUUGUACAAAUAGUGUACUUUUCCACUUUUGUAUCGUUUCUAUAUGCCAUCAUUUGAAUAAAACACUGAAGCCAAGUGGCAAUUCUUGUCA